GCAUCUUCGUUUUCUCUGUAGUACUAUUAUUAUUAUUAUUAUUCUCUGUUUCGGUGUUCAGUCGCACCUCCUUCUCUGUAUCUCUGCGAGUGUAGCUACGUGAUUAGGCGUAUCAACAUAAUCCUCGCCGUCCCACCGCCCUCGCGUCCCUCCUUCCCCCCCCCCCCCACCACACACACACGCACACCUAUUGCCAAGUAUUUAUUCUGCCCUCUUGUGGGUUCAUCACAUCCAAUAAAAAACCCGAAGUACUUUCAAUCAUGUCGGAUCCGGUAGACAUUAAGCUAGACCUGGAGAAGGAGUGCCUGGCAAAUGAUUGUGCGAAGAAGGUCGCGGCGUACAACGCCUGCCUGGAGCGCAUCAAGUCCGUGGACCCCGAGAAGGAGCCGCACUGCUACAACCAGUACUUCGACAUCGUGCACUGCGUCGACGUGUGCGUCAACCCGAAGCUGUGGCCCACGCUCAAAUAAUCACGAUAACAAGGAAGGAUCACAAAGGGGCGUCAUCCGUUGUGGUAUCUGUUGCCUUUGCCGUUGUGUGCACAGUAUGGUGUUGACGUUAGUUAGGUGUACUGUACUGAGGUGCAAUGAAGAAAAGGAGAAAGGAGAAAGGAUCAAGCGCAGUGCGGUCUGCGCUGCAUCGCUAGACUCAUUCGCGGUCGUGCGGUUUUCUUCGCGACAGAGAGGCGUACAUCAGGGCUGUGGUGAGCAGUGUAUGGCGUAA